AAAAACUAAACUGUUCGCAACAUGGUUGUUAUAUCUGUUUGAAACACUAAGUAGGAACACUUGUAUAAACACGUGAAAUCACUACGGAAGACUUUAGCCCCGGACACGUUAGUCCGUCUUUUAUUAUCUUCCGAGUCCCACAAAAUGAGCCGACAGAUGUUAUGAAAUGGGAAUAAGGCCGUCAGGACGUAGCUAAAUGAGAAGCGUGCGGACUUAUAUGUUUUAUAAUAUGUGUUGGAUGGCAGCAGCUUAGUCUCAGUAUGCACUCCCAGAUAUUAUGUAGCGGCACAGCAGCGGCCGUCGCUGCGAGAAGACUGCGGAGUAUUUUGGGUGCUGUCCUGGGGAGAGACGGCUGGAUGUGGAGAACUCAUGAGGUCAAACUCCUCAACACAGCCUCAGGUGGCACAGUGACGAUUGGAGAGAUCACUUACAAACUCAAAACACCCCGGAAUCCAGAACUUGUUCCUGUUAAACACAUUUCAGACUCCCUAUCCCAGACAGUGGCUCAGCACCUACGAUGGAUCAUGCAGAAAGACCUUUUGGGCCAGGAUGUGUUUCUUAUUGGUCCCCCAGGACCCCUGAGACGAUCCAUAGCUAUGCAGUACCUCGAGUUGACCAAACGGGAAGUAGAGUAUGUUGCUCUGUCCAGGGACACCACAGAGACUGACCUGAAACAGAGGAGAGAGAUCCGCUCAGGGACAGCCUUCUAUAUAGACCAGUGUGCUGUAAGGGCGGCAACACAAGGUCGAGUCCUGGUUCUGGAGGGGCUGGAGAAGGCAGAGAGAAAUGUUCUGCCUGUCCUUAACAACCUGCUGGAGAACAGAGAGAUGCAGCUGGAAGACGGACGCUUCCUUAUGUCAUCUGAGCGUUACGACAAGCUGCUGCUGGAGCACACCAAAGAAGAGCUGGACAGCUGGAAGAUUGUCCGUGUAAGUGAGGACUUUCGGGUCAUUGCUCUAGGUCUUCCUGUCCCCAAGUACAAGGGCAACCCGUUGGAUCCUCCUCUCCGCUCUCGCUUCCAAGCCAGAGACAUCUAUUACCUACCAUUCAAGGACCAGUUGGAGCUGUUGUACACAGCAGGACCAAACAUUGCUGCAGAAAGGGUGUCCCAGCUGCUGUCACUAGCCACUACACUGUGCUCCCAGGAAUCAUCCAACCUUGGCCUUCCUGACUUCCCUGUGGACAACCUGCUUCCUGCCCUCCACGUGCUGAACGCUUUCCCCAUGCUGUCCUCCCAGCAGCUAGUCCAGAGACUUUACCCCUACAACAGCAUCCUGGGCAAGGAAGGGUGCACUGCUGUGGAGGGCGUACUGAGUAGAUUUGAGCUUUUGGACGGUCGUCGCCAACAAACACCCAGCGCCAUUUUGAGUGUGUCCAAGACAAGGGAUGUUGAGGGCCAUGCAGAUGUCACAUUGCGUGUCACAGACAAGGACGUCACCUUUCAGGUUCCAGCAGGCAUCAAGGAGCUGCGCCAACCCAACAGUAGCCCUACCUUCAUCAGUACACCAAGCCACUCCCAGCUGAUUGCGGAGAUGAUGCAGUCACACAUGAUUAAGGACAUAUGUUUGAUAGGAGCUAAGGGCUGUGGCAAGUCGGUGAUUGCGAAAGAGUUCGCUGAGAUGUUGGGUUACAGCAUAGAGCCAGUCAUGCUCUACCAGGACAUGACAGCCAGGGACCUUCUCCAGCAGAGGUACACUCUCCCUAACGGAGACACAGCGUGGAGGCCGUCUCCACUGGUCACUGCUGCCAUUGAGGGCAAGCUGCUGCUUUUGGAUGGUAUACACAGGGUCAACCUCGGGACCCUGGCUGUGCUGUCUAGGUUACUCCACGACAGGGAGUUAGAUCUGUACGAUGGGACCAAGCUGCUGCGGUGGGACAGAUACCAGACACUAAAGGAACAACUGCAGUUCAGUGACCAGCAAAUGCAAGAGAGGUCAGUCUUCCCCAUCCAUCCGUCAUUCAGGGUGCUGGCCCUGGCAGAGCCUCCUGUCGUGGGUGCCAGUACAAGCAGCGGCAGCAACAACAGAGGUCAGCAGUGGUUGGGCCCAGAGCUGCUCACUAUGUUCCUCUACCACACUGUCACCCCCCUGGCCAAAUCAGAGGAGAUGGGCCUCAUACAGGGACUGACUGCUAAUGUUCCAAAGGAAGCAGCAGAGCAGCUAUUGCACCUCUCACACACUCUCCGCAAGACGAACGACCCCACCGCACAGUCUCUGGCUUCUUCUCUCUCCACCAGACAGCUGUUGAGGAUUUGUCGCCGCCUUGCUCAGUACCCCGAGGAGAACAUCGCUCACGCUGUCAAUAAGGCUUGUCUUGCCAGGUUCCUGCCCAGCCUGGCCCGGGCCUCUCUUGAAAAAAGCCUCGCCAACUGCUCCAUACAGGACCCACCAGAUCAUGCUGAAAACACUCGAGACUUCAGCUGUAUGGUAAAGGAUGGUGUGUUGACUAUUGGCAAUGUAUCUGCUCCCAUCUACAAAGCCAACGAGAAAAUGAAGGUUCCAGACGUGCUCUUCUAUGACAAUCCUCAGCACAUGAUGGUGAUGGAGGACAUGUUGAAAGACUUUCUAUUGGGAGAGCACCUCCUUCUGGUGGGCAACCAGGGUGUGGGUAAGAAUAAAAUAGUGGAUCGGUUCCUGCACCUUCUGAACAGGCCCAGAGAAUAUCUACAGCUCCACAGGGAUACAACCGUCCAGACUUUGACCCUGCAGCCUUCAGUCCGAGAUGGCAUCAUCAUGUACGAGGACUCACCUCUGGUGAAGGCAGUGAAGAUGGGUCAUAUUUUAGUGAUUGACGAGGCAGAUAAAGCUCCUACUAACGUCACAUGCAUCCUCAAAACCCUGGUAGAGAGCGGAGAGAUGAUUUUGGCCGACGGACGCAGAAUCAUUUCAGAUCCACACGAAGCCAAGGGGAGGCCCAACACCGUAGUCAUGCACCCAGACUUCAGGAUGCUUGUCCUGGCUAACCGACCUGGUUUUCCUUUCCUGGGGAAUGACUUUUUUGGAGCUCUAGGUGAUAUUUUUAGUUGCCAUGCUGUGGAUAAUCCAAAGCCCCAGGCAGAGCUGGCAAUGCUAAAGCAGUAUGGCCCCAACGUUCCCGAUUCAACUCUGCAGAAGCUGGUGGCCGCCUUUGGAGAGCUGCGGUCAAUGGCCGACCAGGGCACCAUCACCUACCCGUAUUCCACCCGAGAGGUAGUCAACAUUGUCAAACACCUCCAGAAAUUCCCUGAUGAGGGGUUGGCCAACGUGGUGCGAAAUGUCUUCGACUUUGACUCAUACAACAAAGACAUGAGAGAGGUUCUGAUUGAAGCGCUGCAUAAACACGGGAUUCCCAUUGGAGCCAAGCCCAGUUCUGUCAAACUGGCUAAGGAGUUGCCCCUGCCAGAGGUCAAGAUGACAGGGUACUGGACAAUAAACCAAGGUGGCAAUGCUCGACGCAAACUGCUCUGUCCCACUGAGACGCACCCUAUCGACAUCAAGGGCCCUGUGUUUCUGCGUGUGCAGGGUUACCCCUGCAACCGACAAGAAAGCAGGGCUUUGAGUUUUAGUGAAGAGAAAGCCCACUGGCAGAUUCCCAUGAACGAAGUCAACAUCAUCUGCGAUGUCACCACCAAAGAUGAUGUGCUGUACAUGGCCACGUGCAACCCAGUGUCCCUGUACUGCAUGAACGAACGCGGGGAGACUAUCAAGUGCAUAGAGCUUUACGACGUUUUCCCCCGGACCAUCAGUGGCGUCUGGCAGCCUUUUGUCACUGUUGCUCCCCUUGGGAAUCCUCUGGAUGGACAGGUGGUGCUGCACGAGGAGCAGAGUAACACCGUGCUGCAUGUGGACAUGGUAACAGGCGCCGUGCGAAGGCUCAUGUUAUCUCCAGAGAGUGAUCAGCCCUCCACUAGAGCCUCGACCUGGUGGAGCAGUAAGGAACAACAGGGAGGGCAUAAAAUGUGUCGUGACUUCGCCCACAAAAACUGGCUUCUCUUUUAUAAGGAAGACGGAAACCAGCUGGAGGUGCUGGAUGUGCUGGAGGGCCGAGUUCACUCCAUCUCCCUUCCCAUCAACCUGAAGUCUGUUUUCCUCGUGGCGGAGGACCGCUGGCUACUGGUGGACAGCAACACCAACAAGAAGUUCCUCCUGACCAAGCCCAUGCUUAUGGCAGCUGAAGACUCUGGAGUGUGUCAGCUCCACAGCAUCAACGAGGACUCAGUCAGCUCAGGCAAUGGAGCCAGCACAGCUGAGGUGUCCGUGCCCCAGAUGCUGUCAUGUGAACAGCUACCCAAUGAGAACCUCAGUGCCGCUCUGGACCAGAAGAUUGUUUCACCUAACCGUGUACUGGCCGACACCGACUCCUUUGCACGGAUCAUUGUGGGCUUCCCAGACCUUGUGUCCCCUAAUGAGGUGUACAGCUUUAAGAGGCCUGUUGACCUGAAAAGUGUUGAAAGUGGGGCUCACACGUUUCUCAGAGGGGGGCUUCGGUCCAGUGCAGCCAAACGGGAGAAUUGUGUCACUCUGCUGUCAGCCAAUCAGGUGGUCCGAGCCCUUCCACCCAACAAGGUGCCACUGAAGGAGGUCUACCCCAAAGAUGUAACACCUCCAAUGACAGCGGCGUACCUGGAGGUGACGGAUCUGAACUCCAAAAAACUCAAAUAUAUUCCUGUCCCAAGGUCAAUGAGUGUGUCACCCUACACCAGCUGGUUGGCCAAGGUGUCAGAGUCUGACGUGCUCCUAGCUGCUCUCGGUUCUGGAGGUGUGGUCACAGUGGAUAUGGGUGGGUACGUCCGGCUCUGGGAGACAGGAUUGGACACCUUGCAGCGAUCACUGAUGGAAUGGAGGAACAUGAUUGGGACAGAGGAUGGCAGACCUUUACAGAUUACCAUCCAGAGGGACAGAGGCCUGGAUGUCUCUGCCCCAAAACAUGGCAAGAUCGACCCCAACAACAGUCCUCAUGUUGGGGGAAACCAGUGGGCAGGAGGCACAGGUGGCAGAGACACGGCAGGGCUGGGUGGCAAAGGGGGCCCCUAUCGUCUGGAUGCAGGACACAAGGUCUACCAGGUUUCCCAGGCUGAGAAAGAUGCAGUUCCAGAAGAGGUCCGCAAAGCAGCCCGUGAAAUGGGAGAAAAGGCCUUCAAAGAAAGGUUGAAGGAGAUUGAUAUGAGCGAGUAUGACGCCGCCACGUACGAGCGCUUCUCCAACGCUGUCAGCAGACAAGUUCAGUCUCUACGCAUCAUCCUGGACAGUUUACAGGCUAAAGGAAAGGAGAGGCAGUGGUUGAAGAACCAGGCUCUGGGAGAACUGGAUGAUGCUAAAAUCAUUGAUGGUCUGACUGGAGAGAAGGCUAUAUAUAAACGCAGGGGAGAGCUGGAGCCAGAGCUGGGCAGCCCUCAGCAGAAGCCCAAGCGUAUACGGGUGUUAGCUGACGUUUCGGGUAGCAUGUACCGCUUCAACGGCGUGGACGGCAGGCUUGAGCGCUCCAUGGAGGCUGUGUGUAUGGUCAUGGAGGCUCUCGAGAACUACGAGCACAAGUUCAAGUACGACAUAAUGGGCCACUCAGGCGACGGCUACGACAUCGAGCUGGUCAGAGCGGAUAAAGUCCCCAAGAAUAACAAACAGAGACUCAAAGUCCUCAAGACCAUGCAUGCCCACUCUCAGUUCUGCAUGAGCGGCGACUUCACUCUGGAGGGCACAGAAGCCAGCAUUAAGGAGCUUGCACGAGAAGAGGCCGACGAGCACUUUGUGGUGGUGCUCAGCGAUGCCAACCUUGAACGCUACGGCAUCCGGCCCGAGCGCUUCGCCCAAGUCCUGACAUCUGACCCGCAGGUCAAUGCCUUUGCCAUCUUCAUCGGAUCCCUUGGUGAUCAGGCUGAAAGACUCCAAAAGACCCUUCCAGCAGGGCGAUCCUUCGUUGCCAUGGACACCAAGCAGAUCCCCCAAAUACUGCAGCAGAUCUUCACAUCUACAAUGCUGUCUAGUGCCUAAGACUGACAAACACACGAAGCACAUACACUCACUUCUGUCUCACACAUUCAAAAGCUCAACAUUUGUUCUGCAAGCUCUGAAGCUUGUCCUUGACGUUGGCACAGUGAUUCAUCAAGAUGUAUCCUUAACUCACUUUCUGUAUCAGAUUGUAGAAUCUUUACCUGAGCUGCAUCAGGUCUGUAGACUCGCCUCUGAACAGGCCUCAAGAGCAAAGGUUAUAUUUAUUAUUUUACAGGAAAAUUCCUUCUGUCAAAAUAUGACUGUGUUGACGCGACAGAGUUAAAUGUUUAGCUGCUGUUUGGUGUCUCACAGGGAAUAGGUGCUGUACAAUGUGGUCUGCAAAAAGCCUGUGAUCUUGUGCACUAUGACUGUGAAAGGGCACACACUGUAUUGGUAACAGUGACAUUGAAUGCCUGUCUCGGACUCCAUGUGAGGAUCAAACACACAUCAAGACCUGUUGUUGUUUUUGUGUUUUGGGCUGACAGUGUGCUGACGCACACACACAUACAUCCUUGUCCUGUUUUGGGUUGUGAGCAACUUUGCUUAGAGGGGAGGGUCAUGAACUUGAAACAGCAUCACUUAUUUGGACUUCCUCCUCGUUUAUCGUCUGUCACACUGAAAAACGCACAUGCAGGAAGGGUGACACUAAAGUGCCACCUGACUGACACUUGUACAUGGUGAGCAGCAAUAACUUGGCUCCUUUGGAAUGCUGGGACUCUGACCAGGGAAUUUCCUGCCUGACUGCACACGCUCUUUAAAGCUAGCCGCUGUUGCACAACCAUGGGCUGUGUGCGUGCUCUCCUACAGCAUCUAUGUCAACAUGCACAAGCCCUUUCCUUCCUGGCUGCUGGACCUUGUGACGUCCCCCCACUGCUCGCCUGAAUCCUGCAAGGAAUCUGAGAUCGCCUUUCAUGGCCAGACCUCCCACGCCUCUUUCUCAAACACCAACAACUUGCCACUGCAAAAUAAAUUAGUAGAAAAUGAUCCGACUUAGUGUGUCAGUAUGUGCUUAGCUGUGCAUGUUAGGACUUAAGUGCACACAGACCUGUGGUGCGCAUCAUCUUAUGUAUUUCUGCUCUUUGACAUCAUGCUGUGCAGUCAGUCAUGUCUGUGCCAGCUUCCAGCCACGUGCAUCCAUCACUUUCGCCUCCGGUUGUCACACUUUGUGAUUGAUAGCAUCAAUAGAACAUCCUGUCUAACCAUUACUCUCUAUUGAUUCAUCUCUGAUAGAGGGAUGUCCUGUUUUUAUUAACCUACUUUCAUCUCCUUUUAACCCUCUCUCUUGACCUUUCUCUCACUCUGCUGAUGUAUUGGAGGGGGCAAAGGUGACUUCAUGGUAAAAACUGGACUAGUGUCUCUGUGGACAUUUUGCCUUGAUCAUAUGUUUGCUAGUCAAGACAUGUUUGGGUAGGCAUUUAACGUGUGUAUAGCUGCAUAUUAAAAUCAUAUACAUAUGUCUUUGCUUUUAAUUUAAUUGUAAAUUUGUUAGUACUUUAUGUGGAAAAAAAGGUGUGCAAGUAAUGUACAAAAUGUUAAUAAAAUCAUGUUAACAUUG